AUGGGUCGCUAUGCGUUCCAGUUGUGGAAGUGUCUAGGACAGGUCCUGUCACAGACUAAGAAGAUGCCCACCUCAGCCUUCUCAUCUCAUCACUAUAAAGGAGGGUUUGACCAGAAGAUGACUAAAAAUGAAGCCAGCCUCAUCCUUGGUAUUAGCCCAACCAGCACCAAGUCCAAGGUGAGAGAUGCCCACCGGAGGAUCAUGGUCCUGAACCACCCAGAUAAAGGGGGAUCUCCUUAUAUGGCUGCGAAGAUCAACGAGGCCAAGGACCUGCUGGAUAAAGGCCAGCAGGGCGGAUAACUACAGCCCCCAUCACCCCACUGACCUCCUGAACUACAGUACACUACAGAUUAAAACUAAAGAUCCCAACUAUAGACCUAGCUGCUGACCUGGACUACAGUACACUACAGAUUAAAACUAAAGAUCCCAACUAUAGACCUAGCUGCUGACCUGGACUACAGUACACUACAGAUUAAAACUAAAGAUCCCAACUAUAGACCUAGCUGCUGACCUGGACUACAGUACACUACAGAUUAAAACUAAAGAUCCCAACUAUAGACCUAGCUGCUGACCUGGACUACAGUACACUACAGCUCCAUUUCUAUCCCUUACCUUCCCCAGAAGCAGUGUGACUGCACAAAUGGACAAUAUACACAAUCCUUGUUACGUCUCAGUCAGGAAAGGUACUCUUUCAAGUUGAAGGUUGUCUGUAGUUAUGGGUUUACAAAAGUCAACAUGUUUACUGUACAGUCUGUUGUAAAUACACUAUACCAUAAGAUACAAGAUAAUAAUAUUCCUUAGAAAUUACCUUAGAAUUCCUCAAUGUGGUAAAGACAUGGCCGCUGUG